AUGAGCUCGCGGCGAAUACCUCGCCAGACGCGUUCGCAACCAAGUUCAGUCUGCGAUGCCAAUCGUGGGGAUUGGGCGUCUUUUGGCGCCGUGGCGCAUCCAGCCGGAGCCCAGGAUGAUGGGUUCCAUUGGCAACAGAGCAACCAGGUCCCCCCUGAAUCAUGGACCAAUUUUUCGGACAAUUUACUUCCUACUUUAGAUGGCGGUACUGGAUUGCACUUUGAUCAGACAUUGUUGGAUGACCUGACCUUUGGUUGCCCAGACUUGGCUGCUGGCAACUUGCUGCUCGAUCACAUUCAUACAUCCAGCCGAGGUUCAUGGGGCCAGCAAGAGAUCCAGGAUUACUCCAACAGCGACAUGUUCACUUCUUACAAUAUGCAGCGGGCCUUGAGUACUUCAUCUCCAGCGAUUCAGGAAUGCCGCAAGACGGAUAACUCAACGAUUCCCCAGUAUCCUCCCAUUCCCAUCACCCCAAGUUCGACUCUUCCACGCCGCAGAAGUCGCUAUUCUCUCAGACAUACACUGAAUGGCGGACGGAGAAUUCAUAUUCCUGUCUACGACGCAAGUGAGAAAGCCUCCGAGCCCUUGCAGAGAUGGAGAAAUAGCCCUCCAGAAACCGAGCCGGCAUCUUGGUCUGCUAUUUAUGAUACAUUGCAAGGAAAUCCUCUGGGCGAUAGCAUCCAAGCCCCUUUGACCAGGAUGGAAUCAUCAAGUCCGAGCGUGGCCAGUUGGCACAGUCAAUCUUCAAGCUCAAUUGUCUCUACCCAAUCGUCUCGCUCGUUCCAGAAUCGCCACAGAAGACGAGUCACGAAGAGGAGGACUGACGUCGCUGGUACCAAUAGGAAACCUCGAAUCUUCCAUUGCACAUUUUGUUGCGAUUCGUUCUCCAAGAAGCACGACUGGACCAGACACGAAAAGACGCUCCAUCUUGACUGCGACCAGUGGAUUUGUGCACCUUACGGUGGUGCAGUGGUAUCGUCAUUAACUGGCAGGAGUACAUGUGCAUACUGCAAUAUCCUUGAUCCUACUGAACAUCACCUAAACUCUCAUAACCAUGACGCAUGUCAUAAUGGUCAACAGCCACACAUUUUCAGGCGUAAAGACAACCUCAUUCAGCAUCUCCGCGGGUUUCACCAGCUAGACACACUGCCCAUCUUGGAUGACUGGAGGAUACCGCCUCCCCCGAUCUCCUCGCGAUGCGGUUUCUGCGACCAGCAUCUCACGUCUUGGCAGGACCGUGCCGAUCACCUCGCACAGCAUUUCCGCCAUGGCAAAACAAUGGCAGAUUGGAAAGGCGAUCACGAUUUUGAACCCUUGAUCGCUGCACAGGUCAGAAACGCGCUGCCGCCAUACCUCCUUGCAAACGAGGCUUUGACCAUGGUGCCUUUUUCCGCCACGGAUCCAACGGUGCCGGACCAUUUCGCUCAGAUAGAAGAGAGGAAUGGCAAGACUGUCCCGGAUCCCGAGCAACAGCUCGAUCCCGGGUUCGACUUAACCCCUGAUUCAUAUACCAAGUUUCUAACGUGGCAUUUGGGUCGUUUUGCUCAACAGUCCUUCGCGAGUGGUGUCUUUCCAACGGACGAGAUGUUCCAGGGCGAGGCAAGGAGGCUGGUGUAUGGCAAUGAUGAUAACUGGGAACAGACUAUAGCUGAUAACGAACAGUGGAUCGCUACUUUUCGGCGACAGCAUUUAUCAAAGGAGUAA